AUGCGAGAAUAUAAAUUAGUCAUAUUGGGUAGUGGUGGUGUUGGUAAAAGUGCCUUAACUGUACAAUUUGUUGAAGGUAUAUUUGUUGGUAAAUAUGAUCCAACAAUAGAAGAUUGUUAUCGUAAACAAAUAGAAAUUGAUGGUGUUGAAUGUAUACUUGAAAUUCUUGAUACUGCUGGAACAGAACAAUUUACAGCAAUGAGAGAUUUAUAUAUGAAAAAUGGUCAAGGUUUUGUUCUUGUUUAUUCUAUAACGUCACAGGCGACAUUUAAUGAUUUAAUUGGUAUAAAAGAUCAAAUUAUGCGUGUUAAAGAUAUAGGUGCUGAUAUACCAAUGGUACUUGUUGGUAAUAAAUGUGAUCUUGAAGAUGAACGUGUUGUUGGAAAACAUCAAGGUGAAUCUUUAGCACGUUCAUUUGCUUGCACAUUUCUUGAAACAUCAGCUAAAUUACAAACAAAUGUUAAUGAUGUUUUUUUUGAUUUAAUUCGACAAAUAAAUCGACAAAUUCAACGACCAAAACAAUCUAAACAAUAUUCAUCAUCACAUGAUUAUAAUCAACGAAAACAACAAGAUGAACAUGGUACUAAUUUUCCAUCAUCACCUCCUGAACAUCGUCAGACUGGCCAUGUAAAAGAUUGUUGUGUUCUUUUAUAA